AAAUUUUUAUUCAAUCCGCUUCACUCAAGGUUAGUAGAAAGUAUUUAGAUUUGUCGACGGUAGAAACACGUUUGUUCGGACUCUGUACCAAUCGAUCGAGCCAAUAAUUUAGCAACUAUAAAUGAACUGAGCAUUUUCUUACGCAAAAAAUAAUUAUAAUCAUUCACAACAAGUUAUUAUAGCCGAACGUUCCAGUGGAAUAUCGGCAUCGGUUGAUCGGUUCAACAUAAGUUUUCGGCAUUCGUUCUAAACUCAUUCAUAUUAUACACUGUUUCAUACAGACUUCGUAAGUCCAAUUAAGAUGUAUGCAUAUGCACACGCGAUGUCUGAACGAUCUGAGUGUUAAAGUAUGUGCGGUCAAAUAUACAGUGAACUUUAGUUUGAUUUAAAAUUUUCAACUAUCCAAAUGUGUCCGGGACAAAGUUCAUUAGUGCAAUCCAACAACAAUGAGCAGGAAGAGUUAGUAAAAGCUGGCUACGAAUAUGUGGAAGGUUCACCGGUACCGCAGCCCAUAGCCCGGCCACAAUUUACGCUAUCCGAACUCCGAAAUGCUGUACCACCGCAUUGUUUUGAACGAAGCAUGGUGAAAUCGUUUGGAUAUUUAGCGUUGGACUUAAUGAUUAUAAGUUCGCUAUUAUGCUGUUCGUAUGCUGUAUUUGAGCUGCUAUCACUGCCGUUUUAUUGUCAACUAAUUGGAUAUCCGAUUUAUUGGUUCGUGCAAGGAAGUGUUAUGUUUGGCAUCUGGGUUCUUGCUCAUGAAUGUGGCCAUGGUGCAUUCUCCGAGAGUGAUUUUGUUAACGACACCGUAGGAUUAUUUGUACACUCAGCACUAUUGACACCUUAUCACUCCUGGAAAAUAACACACCGCAAACAUCAUUCGAACACGGGUAGUUGCGAAAACGACGAAGCCUAUGUGCCGUUCACUCAAGACGAAGUCGAACCAACUUGGUCAGAAACUAUUGAGGACAGUCCUGCAUUUCAUUUGUAUAAGAUCAUCAGAAUAUUACUGUUCGGAUGGAUGCCAGCAUAUUUGGGUAUGAACAAAUGGGGACCGAGGAAAUACGAAAAUGGUCCAAAAUGUCACUUUAAUCCGAAAGCUGCAUUCUUUCUACCUAAAGAGCGGCCUAGUAUUGUUUUGAGUGAUGCCGGUUUUAUAUCAUCAUUGGGCGUUCUUGGUUACUUCAUUCACACAUUCAACUUUCCUAUCGUAUUAAGACUGUACUUUGGACCGUAUGCCGUUAUGAACGCAUUCCUUGUGCUAAUCACAUACCUGCAUCACACGGAUACAUUCGUUCCGCAUUUCAGAGAAGGUGAGUGGUCCUGGUUGCGCGGAUCACUAUGCACGGUGGAUCGUUCGUACGGAAAAAUUUUGGAUAUGGUUUUGCAUCACAUUACUGAUACGCACGUUUGUCAUCACAUCUUUUCCAAGAUGCCAUUCUACCAUUGUACAGAAGCAACUGAGGCUAUUAAACCAAUUUUAGGGAAAUAUUAUCUGCGAGAUACAACACCGAUUCAUUUAGCGUUAUGGCGGGCAAUAACACAUUGUAAAUACGUACAAAAUGAUGGACAAAUUGUAUUUUAUAAGAAGAAUUUGAAAAAUAAAAAAAUUCAUUAAGUGGGUGUGGAAGGUAGUGAAGGAUGAAAAUGA